CCAAAAAUCACAAGAUGAAGGCGGUGUUGUUAACAGGAGCUAGCUUUGUCAUGACAUCAAUUGUCGUGGGAAAUGCAUAUUACCAAAAGAAGCAGUUUUAUCCUUCUGUUGUUUAUAUAACAAAGUCUAACCCGAGUAUGGCCAUGCUGUAUAUACAAGCUUUUGUAGGGGUCAUCCUGAUGGGAAAAUUAAUGAGGAAAAUUUUCUUUGGUCAGCUGCGUGCUGCAGAAAUGGAGCAUUUGAUAGAGCGAUCUUGGUAUGCAGUGACAGAGACCUGCCUGGCCUUCACAGUGUUUCGAGAUGAUUUCAGCCCAAGAUUUGUGGCUUUGUUUACACUUUUGUUAUUCUUAAAAUGUUUCCACUGGCUAGCUGAGGACCGGGUUGACUAUAUGGAGAGGAGUCCAGUAAUUUCUGUGAAAUUUCAUGCUCGAGUAUCAU